GGAUUAGCUCCCCUUGUGCCUUUGCCUGAAGGAAUGAAUCACGGCAAAUCGUUCACUAACAUUGGAUUUCGUAGUUUCACACAAAGAAUGACGGUUGUUAGAAAUACCCAGUGGUGCACUUAUCCGGGCCCUUUUGGAAAUCACGGUUCCUGAAGCUCAAAUUAAAGUGAAGAAAAGGGAAAUCGGUCUAGUGAUUUGGGAAACAGCUGGAAAGCAUGGAUACCUGGGGCUUUAGAAGGAUACCAUACCUCAUUCUUAUGUUUUAUUGGUUGGAUGUUAAUGCUACAGUUGUACAUUGCCUACCCUUUCAAAAUGUCACAACUUCACCUGGUAACGACAGUAUGUGGAAGACGUCAUCUUUCGCUGUGGCAGGGAGAGAACAGGAGGCUCUUUCCCUUCUCUCUCCAAAGAAUUCAGAUGAAAUCCACUCACAAGGCAGAGCCACUGCACAUCUGCGCAGCAGACGGUUUAAACAGCUGACUUUUUCUAAGCCUGUGUAUUCCUUUGAAAUAAACGAGGAUACACCUCCAGGAACAGCACUGGGGUUUGUAGAAGCCAGAAAUAUUGGUCAGGACAGGCAGGCCACCUACUCCCUGGUGGAAGAUGAUGGUGAUGGCCUUUUUGUGCUAAACCCGAACACUGGGGAGUUCACACUGUCUCAUGUCCUGGAUUAUGAGAUUGAGCAAUAUUAUAUCCUCACAGUAGGAGCUGGUUUAGGGCAAGAACAGUUUGCAAGGGUGAGGGUGUAUUUUAAUGUUCUGGACAUCAACGAUAAUUCACCUGUCUUCAGCCUCGAUGCCUAUACUGUUGCUGUGCUGGAAAAUAUCCCCACUGGAAGCUGCUUCUUCAGCCUCAAUGCCACAGAUGCUGAUGAUGGAUUGAAUGCAGAACUGAACUGGUCAGUGAUUUCAGGUGAUGAAGAGGGAAGGUUCGCAGUGGGGUCAAAUGGUGUCAUCUGCCUACAAAAAGAACUAGACAGGGAAACAGAAUCUAUAUAUAGUUUAACAAUCCAGGUCUGCGACUGUGCUCUGCCUGAAGACUCACGUCUUACUAGCACCACACAUGUUACCAUCUAUGUAGAAGAUGUCAAUGAUAAUGCCCCAUUUUUUAAUUCUGGCAAAAGUGUUCAUGUUCUAGAAGACACUCCACUACAUGCUGUAGUCAUGACUGUCCAUGCGGUGGACCUGGAUACAGGGGCCAACAGUGAUAUUGAAUACAGUCUGGAGAACCUGUCAGGGAAGGCCUUCCGGAUUGAUAGCUCAAGUGGGAGAGUGUUUCUGGAGGAGAAACUUGACAGGGAAAGUACUGGUUUGAUGACUGUUCUACUGACAGCCCGAGACAAAGGAUCGCCUCCCCUUUCCACCUCCAUGAACCUUUCCGUGCUCAUUGAUGACGCCAAUGACAACAGCCCGGCUUUUACACAGAGUGCUUACAACGUGACAGUGAUGGAAGAUGCCGUGCGAGGAUUGGAUGUGCUCCGGGUCUUUGCUUAUGAUUCUGAUGAGGGGGCAAAUGGACAAGUCCGCUAUUCCAUUUCCCAGAGUCCUUUCCUGAUCGAUUCCGUGACUGGAACUCUUUCUGUGAUGGACAAAUUAGACCGAGAGAAGAGCCCAACACAUACUGUUACUGUUACGGCGGUGGACCGAGGAGAAAUCCCUAGAUCUGCAACAGCAGUGGUCCAUGUUGUCCUCAGCGAUGUCAAUGACUUCAUACCCACUUUCUCUCCGCCACUUAUGACUGUACACUUGCUUGAAAAUAUGGACCACCUACCUCAAGUUAUUCUUCAGGUAUCAGCUAGGGAUGAAGAUCUUGGUGUGAACAGUCAGCUGACGUAUUCCAUUGACAGAGGAAAUGAGGAUGGACACUUCUCUCUCUCUCCUAAUGGUACACUUGGUGUGCUGCACAGCCUGGACAGAGAACUCAGGGCCAAUUACAAAUUGGAUGUCAUCGCUGUAGAUUCAGGUUUUCCUCCUUUAACUGGCUCAGGAACCAUACAGAUUCUACUUGAUGACGUGAACGACAAUAAGCCAUUGUUUAUUAAAAAUUUCAUCUCAGUUUCUUUAUAUGAAGAUGUUCCUGUAGGAACUACUUGUGCCAUAAUAGAUGCCUUCGAUCUUGAUGAAGGUGUUAAUGGAGAAAUCAGAUAUUCUUUGGAAGGUGGGAGUUCGUUCUUUUCCAUUGAUCAGUCAUCAGGGGUCAUCUUUACUACUGCGGAGUUAGACAGGGAGACAGUGGCCAGUUACAGCCUGACUGUAAUAGGGAUGGACAAGAAUGCAACACAUCCGCUUUCUAGCUCAGUCACAGUUUCUGUGGACGUCAGGGAUGUGAAUGACCAAAGCCCACAGUUUCUGAAUGGUCCGUAUGUCGCUAAUGUUCCUAAUACUGUAACCACAGGUUCCAUUAUCUGUACCGUCAGAGCAGUUGAUGGUGACAUUGGCUUAAAUGCAAAACUUAAGUUUUCAUUAUUUGGGCCUAAUUCUGACCAGUUCUCAACUGAUGCAGCCAGAGGAGUUAUUUUUGUUUCUGGUAGCGUUAGUGGUCCAGAAGACAUAACAAUCAGCGUCCGCGUGGUAGACAGUGGAAACAACUCCAAAAUGGAUACAACAACUGUAACGAUAAGAUUUCAGGAUGCAACAGAAUUCCCACGUGUGACAGCAGCCAGCUUUGAACACUUGCUUCCAGAAGACCAGCCUUUGAACAGUCAGGUCACUGUGGUGACUGCAGAGAGUAACAGGAAACAGCUUUUGGGACCAAUCUUGUACUACCUGGCUGCAGGAAACUUUGAGGAGGUGUUUGAAGUGCAUGAGCAGAGUGGGGCAGUGACUCUGAAGAAGCCAUUAGAUUAUGAGACAAACAAGGAGCUCCUGCUGUGGGUGGAAGCUAGAGAUUCAGGCUCUCCACCUUUUUCAUCCUAUGUUAAGAUUCACAUAAAUGUGAGUGAUGUGAAUGAUAACUCCCCAGUGUUCACCCAAAGUGUUUACAUGUGUGAAGUGACUGAGAAUAUGCCACCUAGCCAGGUAUGUGAAGUGCUAGCCAUUGAUUUGGAUUCAGGAAUUGAUGGAGAUGUGCAAUACAGCAUUUUAAGCGGGGACAUAGACAACACCUUCACCAUUGACAUUAACUCUGGGAUCAUAAAAACACGGAAAAGUACAGAUCGAGAAAAAGUACCUCUUUACAAUUUAACAAUUCAAGCCAGAGACAAAGGGAAUGAACUCCAUACAGGCACUGCAAUGGUGAUUGUAGCUGUUCUUGAUGCUAAUGACAACGCACCUCGUUUUUCACAGAUCUUUUUCACUGACAUCCCUGAAAAUGCUCCUGUUGGAUUUAUUGUCAUACAGAUCACUUCUACGGAUGAGGACAUUGGUGAACACGCCAUGAGCACCUAUACAAUUGUUAACAACAGUGAUAGGCUUCCAUUUGCUAUAGAUGAAGCCAGUGGACAUAUAACUGUUAUACAGUCUUUAGACAGAGAAACCAAAGAUCGCUACAUUGUCAAAGUCAAUGCCAAUGAUUCUGCUUGGAAUGUUAACACUGAGGUCACUAUAUAUGUUACAGACAUUAAUGACAACAGUCCUGUGUUUUCUCAGUUGUCUUACUCUAUUACUAUCCCUGAGACAAGAGCUCGUGAGAUAUUUCUAAUACAGGUUUAUGCCAGGGAUGCAGAUCUGGGACAAAAUGGACAAAUCGUCUACUAUAUUGAGCCGCCUAGUGACAUUUUCAGAAUAAAUGCAACAACUGGAGAUAUUCUAUCAAAACAGCCCAUUGCGCUCCAUGAUUUAGAAAUGCAAAGCCACAGAAUUACAGUCGUUGUUUCGGACUGUGGUGAUGUCCCACAUCGUAAUAACACCAUAGUCACUGUGAACUUUGUGCAGUAUAAUUACUUUUCACCAGUUUUUCUCCCUUUUCCCUCUGUCACAUCAGUCCCUUUCAAUUUAGAUGUUGGAACAAAAGUGUUACAAUUGUCUGCCGUUGAUAAGGACUUCCAUUCCAAUGGUAUAGUAGAAUAUUUUGUCUCAGGAGGAAAUGCUUCUCUUUACUUCGAAGUAGAUCGAAGCGGUGGAAUGGUAUUUUUAAACAGUUCAUUAAAGCAAAACAUGAACAAACUGUUAACACUACAAAUUACUGCCAAAGACAAAGGUGUCCCACCUCUUUCGACUCUAGCCUCUGUCAGGUUUUUAAUCACAGAUGAGAACCGGUUUGCCCCACAGUUUUCAGCAUCACAAGUCACAUUUUUUGUUCCUGAAGACUUGCCUGUGGGAUCUGUUAUUGGGAGGGUCAAGGCACAAGAUAAAGAUCAGGGAGCAAAUGGAUUUCUGUAUUAUGCUUUGGAGAUGGAAAGUGAGGGUUUAAUAUUUUCAAUUGGGCACAGCACAGGAUUAAUAACUUUACUAAGUAGUUUGGAUUUUGAAAAGCAGGAUGUUCACAGACUUCAGGUCACUGCCAAAGACGAUGGUUGGAUAUCUAAAACUAGCAAACUUGAUGUUGUUAUUGAAGUCCAGGAUAUAAAUGACAACCCUCCUGUCUUUUCUGCCAAGCAGUACAUUGUUUCAGUACCUGAGAAUUCACCCAUUGGCACUUCUGUCUUCCAGGUAGAAGCCACUGAUAUUGAUUCUGGGGAAAAUUCACAGAUAAGUUACUCACUUAUAAAAGGACACAUUGAUAUGUUUGCUUUAGAUCCCCACACUGGUGUUAUAACUACUCAAGAGAUGUUUGAUUUUGAGCUGCAGCUGGUCUACAAAGUAAUCAUCAAAGCUUCUAAUCCAGGCAAUCAGGAUCAAAUGAGCCUGGCACAAGUUUGUAUUCAAAUCACAGGAGUUAACGAAUACAUUCCUAGAUUCAGUAAAAGUCAAUAUGACUUUGCCAUUUCAGAGAGGUCACCAGUUGGCACCAAGCUGGGACAAAUUUCAGCCACGGACUAUGAUUUGGGUUUGGAUGGAGAUAUUUAUUACUUGUUGGUUGGCCAAAGCAAAAAAGUGGGUUUUGACAUUGACAAAAACAGUGGGGAGAUUUAUGUUGUGGGAGAUUUAAGACAAUAUGCCCAGAAUCAUGCCGUUUUAAGAAUCCUUGCUAAGAACAAAGGCAGUAUUAAUGGAUCCAAUGUUGAUGAAGCACUUGUUCUUGUCAAUGUGUUGGAUACUAAUGAUCCUCCCGAAUUCUUCUCUGAUGUGUACCAUGCUCAUGUAAGUGAAGGCACAGAAGUGGGGACAUCAGUCAUUAAGGUAGCUGCUGUUGACCAGGAUUCCUUUUCAGAGUGGAAUCAUUUCUUCUAUAGCAUUGAAAGUGGAAAUGAAAACAAUUCCUUUUCCCUGCAUCCUUUAAAUGGUGUGAUAUCUGUUGCUGCACCUCUUGACAGAGAACAAUGGCCCUUUUACAAUCUGACAGUUGUUGCGAUUGAUGAGGCACCUCUUCCGGCCACAGGAAGGACAAAGGUGCUUAUUACAGUGAGUGACAUCAAUGAUAAUGCCCCUGUCUUAAGCUCUGCAGUAGGCCAUGUAAGAGAAAAUCAGCUGUAUGGCACCAUCAUUACAAUUCUGAAUGCUACAGAUGCUGACCUUCCUCCAAAUCAGGGCCCAUUUACUUACCAACUUGGGAAAUUUGAACUGGAAAACAGCUUCAUGCUGUCACCAGAUGGAGUGCUGUCCACAAUAAAACCUGUAGACCGUGAGAGAAACAAUGCAUUCCCUUUGCCUGUGGUAAUCCAAGAUGCUGGAAUCCCGCCUUUGUCAACCACAGCAACAGUUCAUAUUACAGUCUUGGAUGAAAAUGACAACCCGUCUAAGCCAAGAAAUAUUUACAUUGAGGUCAAGUAUUAUAGUACCUCUUUCCCAGGAGGCCUGAUAGGUAAUGUCAGGCCAGAAGAUCCUGAUAUAUCGGAUGUGUUUAACUGCAGCCUGAAGAAUGGUCCAAAAAAUGUAUUUGGUUUCCCUGCUGGCAAAUGUGAUCUGUGGUCAUCUCCAUAUCAGGGAGAGGCUAAAUUUAAUCUCAUUGUAGAGGCACAUGAUAACCAUCACCCAUCUGUCAACAACAGUGUCUAUGUAAAUUUCAAAGGCUUCUCCAAUGCCUCCAUUAAUAACUGCAUCCUCCUCUAUGUCACCUCUCCUUCGUUUGAGGUGUUCUUGUCUGUAAAUUACCUGAAGCUCAUUAAGGCUUUGGACAAUCUCUUUAAUUUACAGGCAUCUAAAAUCCACGUGUUUGGAAUGAAGCCUCUACAAAACAAAACUCUCCUUCUGGCAGCCGUUAAAAGCUACAAUGGACAGUACAUAAGUGGUGAGGUAGUCAAUGCUAUAUUGUCAGCACAAAAGACAUUUCUGGAAGACCAAAGUGACAUUAAAAUUUUGGCCAUCACUAGUGAUCCAUGUUUCAUGAACCCCUGUCAAAAUGAAGCUGCUUGCAACAAAAAUGUUUAUGUAAGCCCAGGCAUUGAAGUUCUGGAAAGUCCUACAACAAUAUUUGUCACCCCCAAAAAUGUGGAGGUAUUUAACUGCUCUUGUCUGCCAGGCUUUACAGGUGCACUAUGUGAACUGGACAUCAAUGAAUGCAGUGAAAGACAAUGUGAACAUGGGGGAACAUGUUUAAAUUAUCCUGGAGGAUUUUCCUGUCACUGUAUGGCAGGGUAUUCAGGACCGCUGUGCUCAGUUGAUAUUGAUGAAUGCAAAAGCAUUUUCUGUCAGAAUGGCGGGACCUGUUUUAACUUUCAAGGGGAUUUUCACUGCGAAUGCAGUCUCGGAUAUGCAGGAAAAUUUUGUGAGCAGUCUGUGAACCACUGUGCAUCAUUCCCUUGUCUGCAAGGAACCUGUUCAAAUUCUCAUACUGGAUAUAUUUGUCAUUGUCCAUUUGGUGUGAGUGGUAUUAACUGUGAAGAACACAGCUAUGGCUUGGAAGAGUUAUCCUACAUGGAGUUUCCUCCUUUAGACCCACGGAAUAAUGUUUUUUCUCUGGAGCUUGCCACUGUACAAGAAAACUCCCUGCUCGUUUAUAAUUACGCCAGUAUGACAGGUUCAGCCAGUGAGUUCCUUGCACUGGAGAUAGUGGAUGGUAAACUUCAGCUCUCUUAUAACCUGGGAAAUGGCACAGUGAGGCUGAAGACGGAGAAGAUUGUAGCAGAUGGGCACUUUCAUAAAGUUCUUGCCAGCAGAAUGGGGAAAGUUGCUUCUUUAGAAGUGGACAGCUGUUCUGAUGAUGAGAGCGAUAGAUUUUGUUACGCACGGAGUGGAGGAAUUGGCACUGAAAGGACAUUGGACGUGGGUUCCAAUAACAUGAUGUUUGGUGGAAUUAAGUCUAUUGAUCCCAUUUUGCACCGUCAGUCUCAAGUCAGGACUGAUGAUUUUAUCGGAUGUGUGAAAAAUGUCAGGCUAAAUGGCAUCCCAUUAGACCUGUCUCGAGCCCUGGCAUCCUACAAUGUACUUGAAAGAUGUCCACGCCAAGGUGCCCCCUGUGGUAGCAAUGUGUGUCUCAACGGGGGAGUGUGUAUUGACCACUGGUCCUUCUAUCUCUGCCACUGCUCAGAUGGCUUUACUGGAGAAAACUGUGGCACAAGAAUCUCAGAGGACUCUGCCUUACAGCUUAAUGGCGAAGUGUAUGUUGAUUAUAUCAUAAAAGAAAGCCACAGAAGAAGGCAACAAAUGAGAGAGCUGGUGAAUGGCAGGAGAGAGUGGCUUGAGGAAGCAGACAAUCUGGCAGCAAUAGAAGUCAAACUGAAGACCCCAGCAAGAGAGGGGAUGUUACUCCACUGUCAGGGCAGGGAAGGCCACACAACCCUGAAGAUGACAGAUGGAAGACUUCAUUUAGUUUCAGAGGACAGCUUGUCUGGUUAUAUGGAGCACAUCUUUUCUGAAGCCUUCCUCUCGGAUGGCUUCUGGCACAUUCUUCAUCUGCAGAGGAAUGGACCUUUUACUAGCCUGGUCAUAGAUAACCAUCAUCUCAUCAACACAACCAAUCAUACCCACGACUUCACUGGUAUUAAUGUGGAAAGAAUUUUUCUAGGGAAGGUACCAAAAGGAUACAUGAGAAACCAACCUGAAGCAGGUUUCAUGGGAUGUAUUGAAUAUUUGAGAUAUAAUGGACAGAUUUUACCUUUCUCUGGAUUUAAUGAGGUAGUGGAAGUACAACCAAGACCCCCUCUUGUCCGCACGGGAUGUGUGUCGUUUAGUGGCUGUGCCAGCUCCCUGUGCUCUGAAGAGAUAGCCCUAGCUUCGUGUUUGUCCUACCACUGCAUAAAUGGAGGGACCUGCAACACUUUGGCAGAAGGAAAUGUUUCAUGCGUCUGUCUGUUGAAUUUCACAGGGGCCCUCUGUGAAUUGUGCUCGUCUGAAAUUGAUAACCGUGCGGUUUGUUACAAAACCAAGGAAUCCGUGCCUCUGUGGAUUAUCGCCAUCAUUAUUCCUGCCACAGUGGCACUGAUCAUUUUUGUUCUAUUUCUGCUGUUUCGGUUACAAGCUGUGUCCCUAGCAAAGCAGGAACCAAAAACGUCAGAAAAGGGAAAACAGGGCACUGAUAACAAAGCCUUCCAUGAUGACAAUGCUGAUACACCAAUACAGGAUAUCGAUGGUGAAGAUAAAGAGCCAGACAUUAUCAAAGCAGAAAAACAAAUCAGUUCAACAGAGAAACACAUUGUUCAGCGGAACAUUAAUGAAAUACACCCUGGCCUAUACUGUGGCAGUGAAACAGAGUACUGUGAAAUAGAAAGCACUAGCAGUAUCAUGAUGUCCGACACCAAUGCUAUUCAUCCCAGGAGAUACAAUAGCAAUUCUAAACAUAAGGUGUUAGGACAAAAUGUAAAGCUGAGCUUACAAGAACAACGACAGAACUCUGCCGUGUGGCACAACACAGAAGACUCUGCCCAGAGAGAUGAGGAGCAAAGUUUUUUCAAAAUGCCACAGGUAUUUGUCCUUGAGAAUGGAAGAAAGUUUGACCAAAGAAUCUCUGAAGUUGGCAAUUUGAGACAAGUUGGAACAGGUCCUGUUGGGCAAGUGGAUUAUCAGUAUGAGAAAGAUAGGGAGGCAAGAAGAAAGUACUUGCCAGAGACCACUGGGGCUCCUCUGGGCUUGACAGUAGAGGAGGUGAAGAAACUGAAUGAACCCCAUGGCCAGACGCAGGACCCACUUCCAGGGCCAAUGAAAAGACCGUGUCACAGCAUGCACUUGUCUCCCAAGUGGGCAUCCACCCAUCCAUCCAGAGCCGACAGCUCCUCUGACAGCGACACCCACAGCUCCUUUACCUGCUCAGAGUAUGAAUUGGAGAGGGAGCUUUCGCUCACAAACGGGCAGUGGUGUCUCUGCAAACAGGCCGCCCACAGUGCCCUGGCUGACUGUGCCCAGAAACGAGAUAGGAGCAGAAAGACCUCCUCUCCUCUCAGGGAAGGCUGUGAUGCUGAGAGGAGUGUUGACUCUUCUUCCCCUGGAGCUGCUCGCCAAUGGGAAAGCUUGCUCAGUCUGGGCCUGCGUUUCGAGAGCUAUGCUGAGGUUUUUGAAGACAUUGCAGGUUUGCCCAUUACACAGGAAAACGUUCAUCCACUCUGUUUUGAUAGAAUGAGUGAGCUGGAAGAAAUAUUUUGAUUUUGAUUUUCAGGCUACAAAAAGUGUUUGCUAUUGGUGCAGUUAAAGUGGCAGCUGCCUGGGACUACUACAGGAUUAUAAUGUGUGAUGAGAAGCUGGUAUUCUCCAUUACAUACAGUAGCUACAGCUGCGGCAGGAGGUGACGAAGGUUACCUGCAGUUGCUUCAGUUUUCAGCAGGUGCCACUGUUGCUCAGGGGUGAUUAUCUGUCUCAAAAGAUAAAUGUUUUUGUGUACAUUGCUAUAAACUUUUGCUGUAUGCAUGUUUAUGAGCAUUAUGUCUUCUAUUUUAAAAAAACACACAACAUAAAUAA